AGCCAAGGGCCAGGGCAAGCAGCAGCCUACCGAGACGAAUUCGUUCGCGCUCCUUGAGCUGGGCGAGCUGGUGUUUCUUCGGGAUGACUCGAGCGGGAUGUGGGCGAUCCUCGACUGCGGGGCGACGCGGAGCCUCAUCGGGGUCACGAUGGCGGAAUACCUGGCCUACGACAUGGAGGAGGAGCACGACCUGGAGUUCAACCUGGCCGAGACGACGAGGUACUUCACGUUCGGGGACGGACAGCGCAAGAGCUCCAUGGCGAUGAUCGAGAUCUCCAUCAUGGACAACGACGUGCCGCUGCUGAUCGGGAUGGAUAUCCUGGAGUCUGAGCACACUGGCGCCCUCAUUGACUGCGGGAACGGCUACUUGAUGCUGCCGAAGAUCUCCCACCGCAUCUUCCAGUGCCGUGAAAUGCCGAGCGGCCACCUCGCGGUCAACGUGACCACGCCUACUUGGUGGCAGCAAGUGCCGGAGAGGCUCCGCAAGGGCUGGACCGCGAAGCGGGCCAGCUAG